AUGGAGCAGGACGACACCGUGAAGGCAUCCAAGAAGAAGAAGAGCAUCAUGGCGAAGAUGUUUAAAGUUCGCAAAAGGAGGGAGAUGCUGUUUGUACAGGUGUGCUUCAUCUGCAGUGCCCUCUUCGUGGCGUGGGCCAUGUCGGCGCUCUUGACCAAAACAGGUCACGGCAUGAUAAUGGAGGACCAUACCAACCUGGAGCACUGGGGGAGGCGGCUAAUGGCAUUAGAUGCCGAAAACGAAACAGAGCCCAAGAACUGUUCAUCACCAGCAAUACACGAGUUCCCCGAUGACCUUUUCACCAACAACGAACGAAAGAGCGGUGCCAUCCUGCUGCACAUUGCGGCGGCCCUCUACAUGUUCCUGGCCCUCGCCAUCACGUGCGACGAGUAUUUUGUGACGUCACUGGAGAAAAUAUGUGAGAAACUACAUCUUAGUGAAGAUGUCGCCGGCGCCACCUUUAUGGCUGCUGGCAGCUCUGCGCCUGAGCUUUUUGCUUCAGUCAUUGGUGUCUUCAUCACCCAUGGAGAUGUGGGGGUGGGAACCAUUGUUGGCUCAGCUGUCUUCAACAUUCUUUGCAUCAUUGGAGUGUGCGGUAUCUUUGCUGGACAGGUGGUAAUGCUGACUUGGUGGGCAGUUUUUCGAGAUUCCUUCUACUACAUCCUGUCUGUUAUAGCUCUUAUAGCAUUCAUCUAUGACGAGAAGAUUGUAUGGUGGGAGAGUCUUGUGCUGGUGGUCAUGUAUGCAGGAUACAUUUUGGUCAUGAAAUUCAAUUCCAGCAUGCAGGCUUUCUUCAUGGGCAAUUCCAAAAAGAACGUGGCCAAUGGUAACGCGGCAACCAGCAGUGAAAUGGAGGAUGUGAAGCCCACCAAGGCUUACAGCCGUGGCUCCGUGGUGAUGGUGGACGAGAUCAUGAACGCCAGCCCUUCCAAGUUUCGCUUUCCCGAAGCGGGUCUGCGGGUCAUGGUCACCAGCCACUUUGGACCAAAGACACGCCUGCGCAUGGCAAGCCGCCUCAUCAUCACAGAGCGCCAGAAGUUGGUCCAGGCAGCAAAUGGCGUGGAGACACAAGUGAUUGAUGGCAAGACGGACAUUGAGAAUGGGAACUUGCCAGAGGACAAACCCGCCAGGGAGGAGGACGAGGAAAGCGGCAUCUCCCCGUUUGGUGUUCCUAAGGGAUGUGGCAACAAGAUCAAGUGGCUGAUCUCAUGGCCUCUACUCCUCUUGCUCUUCCUCACCGUCCCAAAUUGUGGCAAACCACGCUGGGAGAGAUGCUUCAUGGUCUCCUUUAUCCUCUCAACUGUCUGGAUUGCAGUCUUCUCCUACUUGAUGGUCUGGAUGGUGACUAUAAUUGGCUACACUUUGGGAAUCCCGGACGUCAUCAUGGGUAUCACCUUCCUGGCAGCAGGCACCAGCGUCCCCGACUGCAUCGCUAGUCUCAUUGUGGCUCGCCAAGGUUUGGGAGACAUGGCUGUGUCCAACACUAUUGGAAGUAAUGUGUUUGACAUUCUAGUGGGACUUGGCGUCCCCUGGGCGCUCCAAACCAUGUGUGUGGACUACGGAUCAGAGGUGAUGAUUAACAGUCGAGGACUUGUGUAUUCAGUGGUACUUUUGCUGGGAUCUGUGGCCCUUACUGUCCUGGGCAUUCACCUGAACAAAUGGCGUCUGGACCUGAAGCUGGGCAUAUAUGUUCUCGUCCUGUAUGCAGUUUUCCUCUGCUUUUCGGUCAUGAUCGAAUACAAUGUCUUCACCUUUGUAAACCUGCCCAUGUGCUUUGAGGACUAA